CAAACUACAGCUGAAAGAUUGCAGGUUCAAAUAGUAGAUCACGAUGGCACCAAGAAUAUAAAGCGAAUGACUUGGUGGGAUGUCUAGGUCUUCUGUUGUGUCAUUCAGUCACUUGACAUUUUUACUACGCCAUCUUUAGGCACCAUGUUCACCAAGCUGGUCAUCCUAGCUCUUGCUGGGCUUACAGCAGUUCUGGGAUUCUCGACAUUCAGAUCCCGUAUUCCUAAUGGUGAUCGCGUGCCCAGCCCAUGCCCUGCAGGAGGUAUUUGGGGUGGCGUUGGGCAUUUCAAUUCUUCUGGAGGUGGACCCUUGAACCCAUUUGGUGAAGAUUUCGAAGCAGCUUUGUUCCAAUGGACAGUUGCCCUCUGCAAGCUGGACUCAGAUAAAGAUGGUAAGACCAACGGAGAAGAACUCGGUGACCCGAACUGCGUUUUUACUGCUACCGGCACAGCCACUCUUGGAAAUCCAACGGGACAACCUGGUAUCUGCGAGCCCUUGAACUCAGCUGCCUGCAAAGAUCAAACAGUGGUCUGCGUUUAAAGCACACACACCUUUGUACCUAUAUUUAUGAACUUUAAUAAUAUUUGUUAGUGUAUAUAGACAAUAUAAGCGUCGGGUUAAACACAAUAUAGACAAAGACAAUCUGUUAUUUUCUUUUAAUUGCUUUGUAUUUCUGUGGAAAUAAACAACAACAAAAAAAUAAAACAGACAAUAUUCAAACAUUUUUUUUGUAAAUAGUAAAGCUUUCUUGACAAUGUUCAUUUUGUAUGGUAUAGGUCAGUGCUAUUAAACAAUUCAUUUUAUUUUACGGCAAGCGUUUUUUUUCUCCGGAUUACUUUCCCUUACUAAGAAAUCUGUGCAACAGAUACAAUGCAGCAGCCAUCUCUAUGGUUAAUUAAUUCAUCAUUGGUCUAUCGACUAAUUAAACAAUAUCAAAUUAAAGUUAUUAUAAACAUAUGACUAUGAUCUAUAAUAAAUAAGUGACAUAUAUUAAAACUAAUUCCUCAGUUAUAACAAUACCGGUAUUUACUAUGUAGCAGAUAUUGAUUUAUAAUUGCAGGCGAUUAUGAUAGAAAUAUAAUUAUGUUCACAGUUUUAUUUGUCUAUCAGAUGUCUCAUGAUAUCAGUCUAUUUCAACACCUUCCACAUAAGCCCCGGUCCUAGCCAAUGUUAUUUAUUUGUUACAUUUGAUUGUAUCCUGAUUUCAUCUCAUAAACAACGUAGGAAUUUAUUAUAAAUGGGAAGACUUAGCAGUUGAGCCCCCCACCUCCAUUUGGAAAAAGAUGUCGACCAAGAAAGCUAUGGUCAGCGACAAAGUAUUGGGUGUAAGCUAUGGUCAGCGACAAAGUAUUGGGUGUCAGCUGUGGAUGAAGAGCAUACCAUAGGAAAGACUGGGCUCUACAGCCUUAAAGCAUGUCACCUUAACCUGCGAUACCUUUGACAGGAGUGUCUAUUGAGACUAGUGUUCUACGAGAUGAACCAAAGUCGUUCUGGGACUGAAGGAGGCCAGCUCAAACAAUGAGAUAGAAAUAUCAGUUAUGCUGUUAAAAAUGGUCGGUUCUUUAUACAAAUUAAACUAUUUUGAAAAUACAUUUUAUUGACUUUGAUUAUAACAUGUUGUAGGUGUUUUAAUUAAUUAUCUCCAAUUGUUUUUUUUUUGUUUUUUUAAUCUGUUUCAUUUUUUUUUUGUUAUGGUUUGUUAAAUAAAAUCAAAAUGAGUUUGA